CUGUCUCUAGUUAUGUUUUAUUUUGUUGUUAUUAUGUUUUGCCGCGGACAGACGGAGGAGAAUGAAGCGCAGGAAUGGAGGCAGUGCCUGCUCCGCCACCGGAAGCGGACGCAUUUCAUCGCCGUACCGCCCGUCGCCAUUUUCAAAAGGGCUAAUCUUUAUUGCGCACACAACUUUGUUCGGCAAAGGCGUUUCAAUAAAGAGACGGAUCUUUGAAUCGCUCAAGGAGGAGCAGGAGGCCGCGUCCCCAUCGCCCCCAUCGCCCCCGACCAUCGCUCACCAUGAUGGAACUACCCAACUACAGCAGCCAGCUGAUGCAGCAGCUGUGGGCUCUGAGGAAGGAGGGCCACUUCUGCGAUUGCACCAUCCUGGUGGGGGACAGCUCCCACCGGGCACACAAACUGGUGCUCGCCGCCUCCAGCAUGCUCUUCAGGUCUCUCCUGGACGGCUCCGACACCAUCUCCAUCGACACAGCCGUGGUUUCCUCGCAGGAGUUCAGCUGUCUGCUGGACAUGGUGUACACCGGCAAGCUGCCUCUGGGCAAACACAACGUCAGUCGCAUCGUCGCAGCCGCAGACAACCUUCAGAUGUUCGACGUGGCCGUCGGAUUUAAAAAUGUCCUAACCAGCAUCGUCAGCCAGCAGCCCCGUGUCCCGGUCCCAGUCCCGUCGACGCAGACGUCGAACCUCGGCGCGACCCACAGAGCCCAGAGCCUGAUCCUCGAAGGUUCGUCCUCGUCCAACAAGGACGAGACAGAUCUGAAGGCCAAGCUGAAGCAGGAAGAGUGCCAGGGCCACGGUGACGAGGCGGAGGAGCCGCCGCCGUCUAAAAGAGCCUGUGUGGAGCUGUCUGAGUCCGCAGCGCCCGAAGAAGCCAAAUCCUCGGAGACCACUGUGGAAGAGAACAGCACGUCAGCAGCCGAGGUGUCCAGUGAGUCUGGUGUCCUGGAUCAAUUCUCUGAGCUGGUGGAGCUGCUGAGCCAGGCAGCACAGAGCGGCCUGGGUGAGCAGGACAGACAGGUGGUGUGUCGGUGCUGUGACCAGGCAGACCCCAGGUCGGCGCUGGAGAGCCUGGCGAGCAGCGUAAAUGAAGGGCAGCUCAGCAGAGGAGUGCUCUGCGGGCUGCUCCAGACUGUCCGCCAGAAGGCCUCGUCCUCCUUCCCUCCAUCGCUGGCCUCUCUGCUGGUGGAGGAGGAGGAGGAGGAGGAGAACGAGGAGAGGUGCAUCCAGGAGCCAGACAGAGACCAAACCACAGUUGAGUCAGAACCACAGAACAGCAGCAGGAGUGAAGAGAAGGAGGGGGAGGAGGAAGAGGCAGAGGAAGAACACAGCAAAGAGGAGACAGAAGACGAUGACAAGGACGUAGACGACACCGCAGACUCCCCGUCCCCGCCCCCUUCUGCCUCCGCCUCCCCCUCCGAGCCCUACUCCUGCCGCUGGUGCAAGAAGGGCUUCGCCUACAAGUGCAGAAUGCUGACCCACGUGAAGCGCUGCUCCAUGACGCAGGAGUGCGAGCAGCAGUGCCCGCACUGCCCCGAGAAGCUGGCCAACCAGCGGGCCCUGCAGCGCCACCGGGCCGAGGUCCACCGCAAUACGGCGCGGGCCAAGAAGAAGGUGGCCUGUGACCUCUGUGAACGCACCUUCGCCCACCCGUCAGGUAUGAUCUACCACAAACGGACGGAGCACUUCGAGGAGAAGCCGUUCGCCUGCGAGGAAUGCGGCUCAAAGUUCGGCGCCAACUCGUCACUGAAGAACCACAUGCGUCUGCACACGGGAGAGAAACCCUACCGCUGCAAACACUGCGACAUGAGCUUCGGUGUGGCCGCUGCGCUCGCGUACCACACCAAGAAGAAACACUCAGAGGGGAAGAUGUACGUGUGUCAGUACUGCAAGGCCGUCUUCGCCCAGUCCAUUGAGCUGUCGCGUCACGUGCGCACACACACCGGUGACCGUCCGUACGUGUGUCGGGAGUGUGGCAAGGGCUACAGCCAGGCCAGUGGACUCACCGUCCACCUGCACACCUUCCACAACUUGUCGGAGCCCCACGACUGUCAGAAGUGCUGCCUGAGCUUCUCCUCGCUGGACGAGCACCGGCAGCACAUCCAGGAGUUCCACCCGAAGGAGUUCCACAAGUGUCCCACCUGCAACCAAGUGUUCACCAGCGCCGCCCUGCUGGACAAACACAAGGCCUCGCACAGCGGAGCCAAGCCCUUCAGCUGCGACCUCUGCAACAAGUCGUACCAGCAACUGUCGGGCCUGUGGUACCACAACAGGACCAACCACCCUGACGUGUUUGCCAACCACACCCGGCAGCUCAAGACCCUGGUGCAGUGCGACGUCUGCUUCAAGUUCUUCCCGAGCGCUGCCAGUGUGGCCAAGCACCGGGCUGCGGAGCACCAAGGCUCAGCGGUGUCGGGGCUGCAGUGUCUGUACUGCCCGGCUGUCGUGGGCGGAGAGGAGGAGCUGCAGGAGCACGUCGGCAGCCAGCACAUCGGCCAGAGCGGCGAGGCGUUCAGCUGCCCACUCUGCGCCCUGGUCAGCACGUCCCAGCUGGAGCUGCAGCAGCACCUGCUCUCCUGCCACACGGAGGCCGCCACCUCCCACACGGUGGUCCCAGCGGGUACUACGGACGGCGAAGGGGCGGGGCCGGUCCUCUCCGAAGAGCAGGUGUUCAUAGCCCUGGCCGGUGGAGAAGGGGGCGGGUCGUCAGCCGAGGUGGUGGAGGUCAACAUGUACGACCUGCUGAACAGCUCCGUCACUUUCAUCUGCGGGGACAAGCCACUGGGUCCCCACUCCGAGCCGUGACCUUUGACCCCGGGGGUCACGCUGGACAGUGAACGGACUUUUAUUGUGAUUAUGAACAAGACUGAAGUGACUUUGUUCUCCAGCCUGAAACUUGUCUCUCUCUGUGGAGAACAAAAACCUUCUUCAGCGCCCAUUCAAUUAUUAUAGUAAUUAUUAUUAUCAUGAUAAACUUUAUUUAUAUAGAACAAUUCAGACUCCACUUCACUGAU